CGGUGCGCAGGGGCGCUGGUGGCCCUGUUGGGAUUGACUUUGUGGUACAAAGCUAACCUACCACCACCACCCUUGCCCCUGAGGUGUCUGCUCGCCACUGUCGCUGAAUGAUUGCAUCAUCUAAAACAGAAGAACCACCUUUUCAUUCCUCUUGGGCUCUGACGUACCUGCCCUGGGAUCAUAGCCUUGCGGAAGUGAAAGUCGAAGUUGGGGGGUUUUGAGGACCUCAUGGAACCCAGAGGGAACAAGAGAGGAGCUGGGAAGAUAGAGGCAACUGGACCUCGGAACAAACUCCCCUGUCCAGCACCCUCACUGCGCACAGACCCUGCCCUCUACUCUGGGCCCUUUCCUUUCUACCGGCGCCCUUCACAACUGGGCUGCUUCUCCCUGGAUGCACAACGCCAGUACCAUGGAGAUGCCCGAGCUCUUCGCUACUAUAGCCCACCCCCCACCAACGGUCCAGGCCCCGACUUUGACCUCAGAGACGGAUACCCUGAUCGAUACCAGCCCCGAGAGGAGGAGGUCCGAGAAGGGCUGGAUCACCUGUUACGCUGGCUCCUGGAACACCGAGGCCAGCUGGAGGGGGGUCCAGGUUGGCUGGCAGGAGCCAUAGUGACGUGGCGGGGGCACCUAACAAAAUUACUGACAACACCAUAUGAGCGUCAGGAGGGCUGGCAGCUGGCAGCCUCCCGAUUCCAGGGGACACUGUAUCUGAGUGAGGUGGAGACACCAGCUGCUCGGGCUCAGAGGCUUGCUCGGCCACCCCUCCUCCGGGAGCUUAUGUACAUGGGAUACAAGUUUGAGCAGUACAUGUGUGCAGACAAACCUGGAGGUUCUCCAGAUCCCUCUGGGGUGGUUAACACCAACGUGGCCUUCUGCUCUGUGCUGCGUGGCCGCCUGGGAAGCCAUCCUCUGCUCUUCUCAGGGGAGGUAGACUGCACAGACCCCCAAGCCCCAUCCACACAGCCCCCCACCUGCUAUGUGGAGCUCAAGACCUCCAAGGAGAUGCACAGCCCUGGCCAAUGGAGGAGCUUUUACAGAUACAAGCUCCUGAAAUGGUGGGCUCAGUCAUUCCUCCCAGGAGUCCCGAGUGUUGUCGCUGGCUUCCGUAACCCAGAGGGUUUUGUCUGUUCUUUCAAGACCUUUCCUACCAUGGAGAUGUUUGAAUAUGUCAGGAAUGACCGUGAUGGCUGGAAUCCCUCUGUAUGCAUGAACUUCUGUGCUGCCUUCCUUAGCUUUGCCCAGAACAUAGUUGUCCAGGAUGACCCCAGGCUCAUCCACCUCUUCUCCUGGGAACCAGGUGGCCCAGUCACUGUGUCUGUGCAUCAAGAUGAGCCCUAUGCCUUUCUGCCCAUGUGGUAUGUGGAAGCCAUGACCCAGGACCUCCCAUCACCCCCUAAGACUCCCUCUCCCAAGUACUGAUGCUAUAGAGGGGCUGGUCCAGUCUCUGUGUGCACAGAUGAUAAAGAUAUAUUUGUAAG